UUUGUACUUCCUGACAGAAGAUUGGUGCUCAGGAAGAAGGAUCUGUGGUGAUCUGCAGUCAUAUUAGCAGGAAUUUUAAGAACAUAUGUUGCCUUUGGAGCUGGAGGUUUGCAGUCUCCAGCAGAUACUCGCCAUAUUCUGCCUUGAUGCAAAGCUGCCCUUGAAUUGCUCCUUCCACCCGCAGUUGUUUGUGGGAGUGUAGUUUCUUUGCUGGUAACUGAACACUCAAAUACAGGAAAAACCCCUAUUAUGUCUAAGAAGCAAAACCAAAAAGAUUCAUCAGGGUUUAUUUUUGAUGUGCAGUCCAAUACUGUGAUGGCCCAAGGAGGUACCUUUGAAAAUAUGAAAGAGAAGAUUGGGGCCGUGCGAGCCAUAGUCCCCAACCGGAGCAACAAUGAAAUUAUCCUGGUGCUGCAGCACUUUGAUAACUGUGUAGACCGAACAGUGCAGGCUUUCAUGGAAGGCAGUGCCAGUGCAGUACUGAAAGAAUGGACAGUUACAGGCAAGAAAAAGAACAAAAAGAAGAAAACCAAACCAAAGCCUCCUGCAGAGUCAAGUGCCAGCCUCCUUGACCCCAGCAAGCCUGUGUCCACUGAAGAGGAACAGUCUGCAGCAUCAUCAGAGAAGGGCGGGAUCAAUGGUUACCAUGUCAACGGCUCAGCCAAUGACACAGAAUCUGUGGACUCUCUCAGCGAAGGUUUGGAUACUCUUUCCAUAGAUGCCAGAGAGUUGGAGGAGAGUGAACCUGCUGCUUCUGAGGUGCCCGACAGAGCAGCAACUCUUGAGUUGGAAAACCGCCUAACAGACUUCACUCUGAAGUCUGCCCAGAAUGCCCAGUCCCUUAGAGUGCAUCCUGAACUGAGGAGCCCCAGCAAGCCAUUCUACAGAUCAAGCAACCAGUCAACUGUUCCUUCAUCUCUAGCAAUGUUAGACGAGGUCCCUGUGUCCUCUGGAAACAAAAAGCUAGGUUCCAAUAUUGAAAAGUCCGUGAAAGAUCUCCAACGAUGCACGGUCUCGCUGGCUCGGUAUCGAGUUGUAGUUAAAGAAGAAAUGGAUGCCUCCAUUAAGAAGAUGAAACAGGCUUUUGCUGAGCUGCAGAGUUGCCUCAUGGAUCGUGAAGUAGCCCUUUUAGGUGAAAUGGACAAAGUGAAAGCAGAAGCAAUGGAAAUCUUAAGCAGCCGACAAAAAAAGGCAGAGGCAUUGAAGAAGCUGACUGACGUGGCAGUCCGAAUGUCAGAGGAGCAGUUGGUGGAGCUUAGAGCUGACAUCAAGCACUUUGUCAGUGAGCGCAAGUAUGAUGAAGAUCUGGGGAGGGUGGCUCGCUUCACUUGUGACCUAGAUGAACUAAAGAGGAGUAUCGAGUCCUUUGGACAAGUUUCCCAUCCAAAAAACAGCUACUCAACCAGGUCGCGGUGCGGCUCCAUCUUGUCUGUAUCCGUGAGCAGCCCAGACGAAUCCACCACAUCUGAGAGUGCCUCUGCUUCUGCGCCAAGCCUUACAACAGCCAGUAAGAAGCAAUCAUCCCCAACAGAAACGGCCGCCAGUGUGGCAAACCGCCCGUACCAGCCCUACCGUGAGGGGUUCCAGGGUAACAGAAGACCCGGCCAAGGCUACAGGCCUCAAGGACACCGCCCAAAUGGGGCCCUGCACCCCAAUUCAAAUCGGUACAGAAACGGGCCUUGGUACCAGCUGAGCUCCAGGUCCCGGCCUCCUUCUGGGAACACAAGCAGCCAGACCUACUCCACAGGAACCAAUGGAACUGGCGCUGGCCCUGGUCCUGAGGCAGGUCCACCGGCCCCAACUGCACACGCGCAUUUGGGCGCACACAGCAAAGAAGCCAAGGCUCUCCCACAGCGGAAACCUCGGUCAAGCCAAAACGAGGUGGCCAAUUCUUGAGGACCAUUAACGCUCUCCACCUUCCAAAGCUGGAUGGGCAGGAUUGUAGGACACACCUAGCUAGAGAUAAUAACAAAGGAAAGUUUACACUUGCUGUCCCUGUGCCACUUUUCUUCCCUGAUCAUUCCUUUUUUCUGGGAAAGCUGCUUCCUUUUGCUUCUCCUGUUCCUGCCUCCUGCCCCUGUGACACGG